AUGGCUAAUUACUCGCUCGCCUACGCAGUGUCCGUAUCUGCCGGGGCUCGUUCGACGGCAGACUCGACAUGGGACAAGCCGGGCAGGGCACUCGGUGCGGCCAGCCCGAUUUCCACGACAGGCAAGGAUGCGCCGGCGAGACGAAGGAACGGCGACGGGGGCAGCACGCAAUACAUCAAGACUGACGGUUCCAGCGUGCCGGGACCCGUCCGCAUGGGUGGUCGACGAGUCGAGAAGGGAUCUCGAUCAUCCCAUUCUCUGCUGAUGGCUGCCGAGGGGUCCCGAAAGCUCCUGACGGCUCGUCGCGAGGCUCGGCGAGACGAGGCGAGGCUCGGCGAGGCGACUGUUGGGGGGGCGUGGAGGAGGGGACGUCGACGUCACGCCGGCCUCGACGGGCUGCCCACCGACUCUCGCUCGCCACCAAGGGCGGCCGCUAGCGAGGCCCGGCGGGCGUGGCAGGCUUGGUCCUCUCUCGUACCGUCUCGUGCCGACCUACACCUUCGUGCUGCAGGUGUGGCGACGGGCACAAAGCAUGGCGGCGGCAAGCCAGCGUGGGUGGCGAGACCGGCGGAUGAGAUGGUGAAGGAGGUGCACAGCGUGUCGGGCGUGACCAGCCAGCCAGUGGUCGGAGGGACGAAAUAG